GUCAAAAAAGCCAACUCCUGUCGAGACCGAGAACAUCGUCUUCUGGACGUUUGUGGUGCUCGUAGUGAAUGCAAAUCAACUGCAAGCCCACCAUUCACAGCUCGCUGGCUGGCUCCUUCACUGUACUAAAAAUCUUUGUCGGGUGCAAAUUUGACCGAAGAUCCCUUCCCGCAUCCAAAUCUCCAGCGACUCCCUCCCCACUCCGCUCGGUCCCGCCCAGAUAUUGUCGGAUUGAUCGCAAUUUCACCGCCAACGGCCAACGAACGACCCUUUCCCGCCUUUAGAACUUUAUGCGUACAGCUCCAGCUGCAGAGGUUCUUUCGUUCCCGUCUCCAAACAAUCAUAACGACUACCCUCGUUUUGUUUCGAUAUUUAAGUCCUGGGUAGCCACCACCUAGAAUCAGGAUUGCAUACUCCUAGAAACAAGACGCGAUCGACGACUUGAUAACUAGCUGCCUCUCCUCCACGACCGACGAUAAUUGAAUUGGGGAUGCGUCAACAAGGAAAAAAUCCCGGGUCGCUUAUCUUCUUACCCAAUACAGUGAUUUCACUCGACCGUAUCGGAUUCAGAUAAGAAAACCACGCCCAACCAUGUCCACGACUGCAACUGAUUCUCAACAGUCGGACUCUACCAUGGCAACUGCGGACGAUUCUUCAUGCCUCAAUGGAGGCCAUGCAGCCGUGCGCUUUGCUUCCAAGAACCAGGAAAUCGAACCCUCGAAAAGUCGGCCUACAAUAACUCUCUCCAAUGACCCGCCACAAGCUCCGGAAGGGGAUCAUGCAAAUCCUUUGCGUCCCGAAAGCCGAACCGAACUGCGCGAUAUUACCAUAAAAUUACAAAAAUCAAGGCUGCAAGAGACUCGGAUGCAGAAUUUUGCUUUUGAGCCCGUUUCCCUCCCACCUACAAGAGCACCUUCUAGGGACUCAACUACGCGUAGUCAUCGAGAUGGCCCUUCCCCGCCUCCUUCCGGACCGCAUUCUCCUGUUCUCGGCCCCCACGAUGCGGAACAGAUGAGAGAUAGAAUCAACCGGACAGUUGUGAACUAUUCGGCCAUGACACCACAAUCAUCCCUCUCAAAUGAUAAUUCGGGCAAGAGCUAUGGUUCCCGGUCGCCGGCCGGGUACGGCUCAAGGCCUUCUUCAUCCUCAGGGCUGACAUCAGCAAGGCCAUAUUCCAUGUCUGAUAUCCCCGCACCUCCAAGGGAAUCCCAACGCAAGCCGAAAUUCUUCCUUGGACCCUCUGACGAGAGCCCACCUUCAACUCCGAGACACGAUAUCGGCUCUUCCGCCUCUUCUAUCAUGGGCCCCGGUGCUCCCUUUCCUCUGGGGGACCAGAAUGACCCCUAUUCUAGGAGUAGAAUGCCUCCCCCACAAACCAAUCUUUCCCAAUUGGAUGAAAGAUUCAUUUUCGGCAGCCUUGAUUCAAAACGUCGUUCCAACAAGUCUCUUUCGUCUGCUCCUUUAGCACCUGCCUUUGAAAAACAACAUGAUAAGAAGUUGUUUGGUAAAAAGGAAAAUCGCCAUCUCGACGGCCAUCUGGAGAAGCAUAAGCCCCACGGCUCAAUGUCCGAAUUGAGGCGUUUCUUCCGAAUGGGUGGGAAACAAAAACGCGGCGAAUCGCCUGCUUCUAUUCACGGUAAACGGUCUUCAAGAUCCUCAAGCAAAGCGGAUCCAUUCCGGGCUAGUGGCCCUAGCGUUCCAUUUGCUGAUGAUCAUGGCCUCCAAUCCAAGUACGGAAAGCUAGGAAGAGUUCUUGGAUCAGGAGCAGGAGGCUCCGUCCGCCUACUGAAGCGAAAUACUGAUGGAGUCACAUUUGCUGUUAAGCAAUUCCGAGAUCGUCAUAAGUGGGAGACGGAAAAGGAAUACGCGAAGAAAGUUACAGCAGAAUUCUGUAUUGGCUCCACUCUGCACCAUGGGAAUAUUAUAGAGACUUUGGAUAUUCUCCAUGAGAACAAUAGCUGGUAUCAAGUCAUGGAGUACGCACCAUACGACCUAUUUGCAUGUGUGAUGACAGGCAAGAUGACACGAGAAGAGAUCACAUGCUCUUUCCUGCAGAUUAUCAAUGGUGUUACCUACCUCCAUAGCAUGGGACUUGCGCAUCGGGAUCUCAAAUUAGACAACGUGGUUGUCAACGAUCGCGGAAUCAUGAAGUUGAUUGAUUUCGGAAGUGCAGUCGUGUUUAGGUACCCCUUUGAGACCAACAUUGUUCUAUCUUCCGGUAUUGUCGGGUCUGACCCUUAUUUGGCCCCGGAAGUGUACGAAGAAAAGAAGAAAUACGAUCCCCGGGCGACGGACAUCUGGUCACUAGCUAUAAUAUUUUGCUCUUUUUGUUUCACCACCUUCACCAGGAACUCCAGUCCCUGACGGUCCACCGAGAGAAGUUGGUCGACCACGGCCAAGAUCUACGGCAGACUUGGCUUCUGUGGAUAAAGAAUGGCGAAGUGACCGUGGACGUUCACCGGUCUCUCGACACCAUCACCGGCAUGGGAGCGGAGGUAUAUACCCUCAAUCCGACCCCGCGGCGCGAGAUUUGAAGAAGAACGAAAAUCAUCCUCCCAAUAACACGAGCUCACUAUCCGAACAGCCGACAACCGCCCCGAAAGCUACCAAUCCACCACCAUCGCAACAGUCACAGUCGCAUGGCGGCUCCGGUCAACGACAGGAAGUUAUCAAAGGCCCCUGGAGACUCCUCCGGCUUCUGCCCCGAGAAUCCAGACAAAUCAUCGGCCGCAUGUUGAAAAUUAACCCACGUGAACGAGCGACGCUGGAAGAAGUGCUCUCAGACGAAUGGGUGCGAAGUAGCGAGGUCUGUAGACAAGAAGAGUCGGGCCAAGUUAUGAACGCGCCCAACCAUACGCACGUCCUGGAGCCACCAUCCGGGGCCCCGCCACCAACAAAUAAUCAAAACCAGAAAUGAUGAUUACGAGACUUGAUAUAUCCGAUACUCAAAAGAAAAGAAAGAAAGUUUCCCCUUUUCCCUCAUUUUCUCUUUCCUCUUUCCUUUUCUUAACUUUAGUAAUCAUAGCAUUUUAAAUAUGGGAUUGACCAGGCUGGGCUUUCACUGGCGUUUACUGCGAAUAGGGAAGCGGGAAGCUUUUUGGUCGUCUUUUGUUAUGUGGUGUCGGUUUUAUUCAUUUACGGAGGCUUCUUUUUUUCUUUUUUUUUUAAAAAAUUUCUGGAUUGUUCUUAAAAAGAAGCUUGUUGUACAUACAUCCAUAUCCAUAAAUAGGAACUUUUCGACGAGCGAUGAGUUCCCGAUUCCGUAAAUUAUGUAUAUGAAUGACACGAAGAUAUAGACACGAAAUCAAUGAACACGUUGUACAACUCAAUUGCCGGGGCAAUCAUACAAUCCAAUUAGUUUAAAUGCGCGCCUUGGUAGAAAAUCCCCGGAUGGGGGUUAGGGAGAAUAUAAUGAUGAAUUAAAUGAUUAGCAGAUAUGCAUCAGCGAUUGCUCUGAUAUCCUCAUGCUAGAAGUUCAGUUGAAGACCCAGUUCGUGAAUGAGACGCAGGCGUCGAACCUCCAGUGCUUAUCCCAGCCGUCCCAUCUUUCUUGGCUCCGGAAUUGCUGUUUGCUGCUGGUAACAUGCCUGUAGAUUCUGUAGAUUUGCCGUUUUCUUGCUGCGGUUGUUUUUGGCCAUCGUUAUCCUCUCCUGCAGCGGCGACAGCGGUGCUACCAUUGGUAGCACAGGUCUGCGAGUCGUCCUUCUGAUGGAAUGGGAUUAUGCGUUUGCCAUUUGCUUUGUAGUAAAGGACCAUAUCAUUGCCUGUACGCCAGACAUGGGUGCGCAUUGUCAACAGAGUCAUGUCGGGAGGUAUUAA